GCGAGGGGGCGCCGCAGCGACACACCGCAGUGCAGUGAGCGGCUGGGCUGGGAUGCGGUCCGGGGUGCGACCAAGCAGUGGCCAAGGGAAGCCGUACGGGACACGACCUCAGCAGGCCGGCCUGCUAGCCGCGGUGAACCACGACGCGCUGGUCGUGGCCAUGAAGUGAGCCGUCCUGGCCCGGCAGCGAGCGGCCUCCGCGCGCCCCCGCCCCCGCGAGGCUCGUGUGCGUCGGUGCGCGUAGCGGCCCAUGGCGCGCUGGGCCCAUGCAGUAUUUUGAGCGAGGCGGCCGGUGCUGCUCGUCCAACUAGGGCAGAGCGCCAACCACGCCGUGGGGAGCGCAGCGCCAGCGGCCGGUCUGGGCCGCGACCUGAGGCGCCAUGGCGGACCAGCACCACCCCACCGGCAACGGCGCGCUCCUUGGGGCGCCUGCAGCACCGCGAGGAUCCCGACGUAGCCCCACGACGGGCCACGUCCGGCGGCGAGUGCAGACGCCAGACCCCCCCAAAGCCGCGCGGUCGACGCGGUCCGAGGGCAGGCCCGACGAUGACACGGCCACCACCACGACGGAGGACUCGGAGGACGGGCGCGGGGCGGCCCGGCACAGCAAGCGCGCGCUGGGCCGCACCAACGCGGCCAAGCGCAGCCAGUCGCAGCCGUCCCCCGGCGAGGAGGGCCAGCGGGUGUCCACGUCUGAGGACGACGAUGACUACUGGCACAAGUACUUCGCCGUACAGAGCAAGAACAUCGCCAAGCACAACGGCAGCUCGCUGGCCGCGGCGGCGGCUGGCGUGCUGAGGCCGGCCCCCGUCCGGACCGACCAGGACAAGAGUCCCGCCCGACGCAAGGCAGACUCUGCCAUCAGUCGCAAGUCAACAGCGGACAAGGAGAAGGCCCUGUCCGAGAGAAGGCCCUCCGCGCCCAACUUCGCCACUGUGCAGGACGGGGAGCCACUGCCGCCCACACCCAAGCCCACGCUGCGGCGCCGCGCCGCGCGCAGCAAGUCCAAGGGGCCGCCCGAAGAGCCGCCUUCGUCGCCUGCCUCCAAAACCGCCCCCACUGAGUCCGCCUCCGAGACGUCCUCCAAUGCAAGCAAGACGAGCAAGGCCGACAAGUCCAUCAUCUGGAAGAAGUGGAGCCAAGCGCCAGAGCCCUCCAAGAAGGAGGUGCUCAGCAUCGACCCGUCCGAGGUCCUGCGAGGGCUCGUCCCGGAGGAACAACUUCGAACGGAGACGGAAGCUGAGCCCGAGCCCGAGUCAGCAGCUUCGCUCAAACCGGAAACAAACGGCGACGGGUGGUUCAGCUGGAGUCGGAAGUCAUCCGACCGCUCGUCCAAGGGGAAGCAGGACAAAGAGGGACAGGAGGUGAAGGAUGUCCAGGACACUGCGUCUAAGGCAGAGAAGAAACAAAACGCCGAAGUCGCGCGGAAGUCCUCGCUGCGCAAGGAGCGGCCGCGGAAGAGCAGCAAUGGCUCGAGAGGGGAGGCAGCCGUCGAGAAGGACAAGCCGCCCCCCGCCGAGCCGGCCAAGCCCGCCGCCAAGCAGUCCUGGCUGGGGAGGCUCUUCGGCCGGAGGCCGGCGGAGCCACCGGCGGCGAAGGCGCCGCAGCCCACGAAGCAGGCCGCGGCUAAGGUGAAAGUGAACUGGCUGGCCGUGGCGCGGGACAUCCGCGUCGAGUGGCGCGCCUUCCGCCUCGCCCACCCGGACGAGACCCACCGGCUGCGCGUCAUGGGCAACCGGUGCGCCGCCUCGCUGCUGCUCAUGCUGCUGUACUGCGGGCUGGGCGGGCUGCUCUUCCGCUUCAUCGAGGGCUCCUUCGAGUCCUUCUACAAGUGCGGCGUGAAGCGCGUCAAGCGCGACUUCCUCGACACGCUGUGGACGACGAGCCACAACCUGCGCGAGGACGACUGGAAGUCGCGCGCGCGCCGCCGCCUCUGGGAGUUCGAGGAGCAGCUGCACGCCGCGCACGAGGCCGGCGUCACCUCGUACAGCGGCAUCAAGUCGUGGACGUUCCUCAACGCCGUCGUCUACUGCCUCACCGUGGUCACCACCAUUGGGUACGGACACAUCUCCCCGUCCACCAACACGGGCCGCGCCGUCACCAUCAUCUACGCCAUCUUCGGCAUCCCCAUGUUCCUCAUCCUGCUGGCCGACUUCGGCAAGCUCUUCACGCGCGGCAUCAAGUUCGUGUGGUCCUUCGUGCGGCGCCUGUACUACACGGGCUCCUGCAGGCAGGUCCGUCGCACGCAGCCCGUGCAGUCAGCUCUUGGAUUUUUCUGUGGUGAAAUCAUGAAGGGCGCCCAGAUGGUUUACGACCUGGCCACGUUCAGAAGGCCUAGCAUGUUCCCGCAGGGCGAACCUGAAGCAGACGUCGAGGAGGCAGACACGCCUCUAAGGCAGGAUCAAAGCCAGGCCCCGACAAUCAGGCUGGAGCACCCGGACUCGAGCGAGCCCCCAGCUACGCCGGCGCCCAGCGCCUUUGAAGUAGACGACGAGUUCAACCUGCCCAUCUCAGUGGCCAUCGUCAUCCUCCUGAUCUACCUCUUUGUCGGGGCGUCCAUCUACUGGAUAUGGGAGGAAUGGGGAUUCUUUGAGUCCUUCUACUUCGUCUUUAUCUCCAUGUCCACUAUUGGUUUUGGUGACUUCGUACCGGAGCAUCCUAUGUACAUGAUGGCAUCGAUAGUCUACCUCAUCUUCGGGCUGGCCCUCACCUCCAUGUGCAUCAACGUCGUACAGGAGAAGCUGUCGGACUCCUUCCGCCAGGCGAGCGCCAAGAUCGGGGCAACGAUUGGACUGCGCAUGGCAGAGGAGGAGGCCGCCUCCACCAACCCAGGCACUCCGGGGAACGGACCAGUAGACGGCGAGGAUCAGUACGCGGCCGGGGAAGUCAAGUCGUGAGACAACACGGCCGACGGCACUCGCUAGCAGCGAAGACAUAUCAGCGGAAAGAUAGGAACAGGGACAAUGCAAAGCCCCUCCUAUUUUCAAGUUAAGAAAAAAUACUUUCAUGAUGUUGCAAUGAUUCGCAACAACCUAUCUAUGAUAAGAUUUUUACCAAGAUUUUUUGUACAUAUGUAAAGGAAAAUGAACAAUAGGUAAGGUACCAGAUGUGGUGAGGUAUAAGCAUUUGAUAAAUUUUCAUACUUUUAUACACCAUGUAUCAUAAAAAGAAAUUAGUCCAGCAGUAGCAAGGGAGCAGAAAAGAACGAGACAUCAUCAAUGUCAAAGCUCUACCACAGCCAAAAAUGUUGGACACAUUUAAACACUUCUGGAGACUGGUACUCUGGAAUGAAACACUGAGAAAUCUAGUCAUGAAAUUAAGUUAAGGAAUAAUUUAAGAAAUUGGAAGCCUAAUCAGGGUAACUUGUGGAUUUGUAAGAAGAAUGACAGGGCUAGUUCUAAAAUACUGAGGAACGUUAAGACAAGUCUCACUUUCUAAAGAGAAACCACACUUGUUUUUAAGUUACAGUACUUAAGGCGCAAAUUUUAUACACCAUAUAUGGCAGUUAAUUUUGAAUGUAUUGCCCUGAGAUGAAAAAAAAUGUGUUUGUAAUGUUUUCAAAUCUGAGAUUUAUAUAUUUUUUGCUGAUUGAGUGUUUACCUAGUGUUAAGUUGUUUUAAAGUGCACAAAAUUUUAAAAAA